UGUGUAUUAUAAGAAGUAAUUGUCUUUUGUAUGCGUUGUAGAUGUUACAGUUGUUUUUGAUUCUGUGCGCAUUCACCUGUGCACAGAAAUCUGUACAUUAUACGGCAUAACAAGUUAAUUAGUGAUCAAUUUGGUAUCAAGUAUACUGCACAGUGCACAGGAAGACAACAGGCAUGCAUACAGUACAUAUGUACAAAAUCCUGACAAACUACGCAUACUAUUGUCUGCGAUAUAUGCAUAUGCAGGGAUCUAUAAUUGUUCGCUUGCUUAUGCACGCAUGUUGCUAUUCAAAUAUUUCAGAUUAUCGAAAAACAAUCCAAUGUAACCCGAAUAAAAAAGAUGAAGUUGUAUUAUUUCGUUCAUGACAAAUGAUAAUAUUUGUAAUACAUAUGUGCAUAUGUAUAUACGUAUAAUAUAUGGUAUCAGUGUCGUUAUACUAUUCUUCGCCCCACCCGUCUUUUUAGUAUCGUGAUGCUGCACACCUUGAUUUCGUGCAUUACGUACCUUUCCACCUCACGGAUAUGAGAUAGGUCAUAUCACACAGGUAACAAAGUUCCAAUUGUACAGUAUUUCUGUGUACACGUCAAAUAUGAAGUUUAUCUGUAUAUAUGUAUGCAUUUUAUUAAGCGAUAUUAUUCCAUAUUAGAUCGUAGGUAAAGAUCGCGUGUGUUAAAUAUUUCAACGAACUUUAGUUCCUAUGCAUAUCCGCGUUUUGGACAGAUUUACUACUAUCUUCGAUUAAAUAAGUUACUUAAGCGGUCUAAAAACACGUUGAUUGAAAUAUCAUUCACUAUGAUUCGCCUUUUCUCGAUCCUACGAAACUAUUUGUGCAUUUUCCUGUAUAUUUGAGAAUCGCAUGUGUAUGGGCACUCCCUAUUUCUUUUUAAAUCGUAGUAUUUAUAAACAUUUCGUACAAUAUUUAUUUUUUUUAUGUUAACUGCUUAAACAAUAAAAGUCAUCAAGCAAACAUGAUAAGUAAAUGAUGUCUAUUUAACGUUCGAAUUGUGUAUCUUUCUUACUAUAUGCGACGUCCUUGUUUUUUUUAUUGUUUCUUCAGUGAAAAUGAGUUCUCAAGAUACAACUGAUCAUGUACCAGCAGUUAAUUCACCAAGCAUAUCUUCAAGAACAAAGAAUUGGGUCCAAUUUGAAGAUGAAGCAUCUGUUAAAGAUAAUAUUAGCACAGAUGAGAAAACUAAAACGAAUGCACCGGCUGUAAUUAAACCCGAAUCAGUUACAGUGAACGUUGAGAAAAUUGGAAAAGCUGAUAAUCAACAAACGAAAAAUAACGAGUAUAAAGGUGCUGUGAUAUCAACUGAAUCCGUCCAGAUUAAUUUAGAUAGGUCAGGCUUAAGUCGUUCUAUUACAUCAGAGAGUCCAGAUCUUAAUUUACCGUCCGACGUAAGAAUUUCCGAUCCUAAAAGUGCUUCUUUAAAGACUAUCGAUCUCAGAGAUGUAUCAAAUGGUAGAACUACCGUAAAUAAUAUUAUAAGCACGCCCAUCGGGAACAUUAGACAAGGUUUUGCUAAUGGAGAUACUAUAGUUACACUUCUACCAGUUAAUACGAGAUGGCCAUGGGUAACGCCAGCUAAAUUUCGUCCAGAAUUAGUGCCAGAGGAACUGAUGGCUCAAGGCUUAACGCUUACAGUAGAAGAUUAUGUACACAUAAUGGAGCUACUUGUGAAUGAUGUACGUUUCAAUAUGUACAACGUAUGCUACAAACGAAUUCUUGUCCUUUGGAUAUUCACUGCGUUCAUUGUAUUGCUUGGCUUAUUGUUUUCUGGAGUAACUGGCCUCACUUUGUUUGGGCUGGGCGUUAUGUGGUUAGUCCUCAAUGCUGCCGCGAUAUUCUUUUGCAUGUUCAUCAAGAUAAAAUUGAAUCAUAAUCUUGAGAAAUGUAUGGCUCAAGUGAACAAGCACUUACUUCGACAUAAAAUAUUGCUUGGAUUGGAUGAUAGAGGGAAGAUUUCGUGUCACAAAGUCAAUCUCUGCUUCAUAUAUUUUGAUACUACAGACUGCAUUAAAAAGUUGCAAGAAGUUAUAGAACGAGAAGAACGCGAAGGGCGAGUAAUUGGUGAGGACGGACAUUCUGAAAUGCAUCGGAAAAGAGAAUUGCAACAGCGUAUGGAUAUUGAUGAUAGUGAUAUCGUGAUACAAGGCAGUACAACCACCAGGAUUUCACGUAAACAGGGUAAAAGCGAACAAGUAUUCUGCCGUUAUGUACAACGUUGGGCAAAGGAUUAUUUACGUCGACGGUUGGACUGGACGGUCGAUGAGGAAGGUGGAAAUCCUUCUUCACCUCGCCACUUGGCAUCGGCUUUAUGCCCAUGCCAAUAUAUAGAGGAAUGGCUACGCAAUAAGCCCCAUGUUCAAGGCAGAGAUUUUUGUCCUAGCUGGAGUAGAUUUCUUAAAGAUAGAGGCAUCUAAUAUAGCAUUGUUACAAUACACAAACAGUAUUGCUCAAGGCAAUUUUUAUAGAUUUAAAAACGCUUAUAUUUUUUAGCUCAUCAGAGCUAUUUUAACAUGAAUUUCGCAGCAGGAAUUUUUUAACGAAAAAUCAUAUAUAGAAUUAUAUCUCAAGAUUUACAAUUAUAUUUGUUGACACUAUGAUAUUAUUAGAACUAGAUGGAUAAUCAAAAUUUAUAUUUUACAAAUAAGUUUUACGAGAUGAGAGAUACUUAUAAUUUUGUACUUAACUAGGUAUGAAGGAUAUUAAUUGCAAUUCAUUUUAUAUAUUAUACAAUAAGGUCUACUUCUAAUAUCAUUUUUUUGAUGACUUGGAUUAUUAACAGACGUACAUCAUAUUGUAUUUUUUACUAUCUUUUGCUGUUAACUAAUAUGAUAUUAAGCAGCCGGUAAUCAAUUCAAUGUGUGUACAAAUUUUAUGUUUAAAUUACACACAUUAUGCAUUACAAGUUUGACUUCUAGGACUCUAUACAGUUGUACAUAGUAUUUAAAUAGUGCUAAAAUAAUUCGAUAUAUCGAUCAUACGUGUCUCUGUAAAAUGGUGAAUAAUGUUAAAGAGAUAAUCUGCUAUGCAUUUAGUUCUCAUAAUAUAUCUUCUGUGCAUAGCAGAUUCUUCGAUGUUUGAAUGGAUUCGAUCCAUCAUUGUUACUGUAGCUCUAGGUUUAUGAAUGAUGAUGGUAUGUGUCGACAGGAACGGGCGGAGUUGCUGUUGCUGAGGUAUGCAUCUCGAUGGGCACAUCACUUUGUGCGCCGCAGACUUGAUCUGGUUAUAGACUCACAGGAA